AAAUGACGAGUAGGAAGCAACUGGAGGCUGGCCCCAGGAGGAGCUCAGCGCUGGCUCUGACUCCGGGACGGGGCUGCGCCGCUGAUCGUGCUGCGGGACGGUUCCUGGCCAUGCUCACGGCCUUUCGGCGCUUCCUGCAGAGGAGCUGAUCCCAGUGUCACCGGGAGCCGGAGACGGCGCCAGUCUGUCUCUCAAGUGUCUGCUCACAUGACCUGAGGAACAACCAUGGAGAGUGUAGCAAAAGAUGAUUACAAGAUCCAGUCAUUUGAUGCGGAUACACAGCAGCUGCUGAAAACUGCUCUGAAGGACCCUGCCUCGGUUGACCUGGAGAAAGUGGCCUCAGUGAUAGUUGAACAGUCUAUGAAGGAUCUGGUGUUCAGUAAAGAGGCUGGCAGGAUCUGCUACACCAUAGUGCAGGCUGAGAACAAGCAGAGUGGGAACAGCAACUUCCGACGUUACGUCUUAAUCCGACUGCAGCAGGAAUUCCUGGUAAAGGAACAACUCCGGGAGCGUUCAGUGAAUGACUGGGUCUGCCUGGUUACCUUCAUCUGCAACAUUUUUGACUAUCUGAAGGUGAAUAACAUGCCCAUGAUGGCCCUGGUUAACCCUGUGUAUGAUUGUCUGAUGCGCCUCGCCCAGUCUGACUCACUGCAGAAUGAAGACGAGGUGGACUGCCUUGUGCUGCAGCUCCAUCGAAUUGGGGAACAGCUCCAGAGGAUGAACACCCAGCGGAUGGAUGAUCUCUUCUGCCAGCUUCGAGAUGGUUUCCUGCUGCAGCACCAGCCCUCCUCACUGUCCCGCCUGCUGCUGCUGGAGAUUAUCGAGUUCCGUGCCGGUGGCUGGAGGAUGUCCGAGAAUGCUCAUAAAUAUUACUACAGCGAGGUGGCAGACUGACAGCACAAGAGAGAGAAAGGGGAGAAUGGGGUCUAAGGUGGAGCUGAGCUUUUUGUGCUAAUUGAAAUCUGGCGAUGAUUUUUUUAAAGGUGAUUGAUGUAUGUGAGAUCGACCAGCUGAGGGCCCUGAUGGUUCAAGUUCCCAAUUGCUUAGUCACAAACUCUUCUUGAUAGCAUAGACUUCUGAAAAUACGGGAGCCAGUCAUUGGGCAGGACUUGGAGUAGGUGGUUGAUGCCAGUCUGCCCCAUCUAUGCUGAUGCCCAAAGAUAAAUUUUUAUAAAUUUUAAUACAGCUAUCUCUUGAAAGCAGAUGUGACUCAUGUUUCCCUACUUUGACUGUGACUGUGGGCUUCUGUAGUGGUGCAGUGCCAACAUCAGUGCCUGCUGUACUGCUUCCUUUACACUGUGAGUGUAGCAACUGGUGAACCUGUGAGAGCGCGAUACUGAAUGAGAGAUCCCACGGAGACAGGCCCUUUAGGCCAAACUGGCCAAGCCAACAAAAAUGUCCACCCACGCUAACCCCAUUUCCACACUCCCAACUCUGAGAGGGUUGAUGGGGGUGGGGGAUUAGUGGUGGCAGGGGUUAAUGGUGAGUGGGGGCAAUCACACAUUGCUUAUGUUUAUAAUAAUGAGAUGCUGGGGCAACGUAUUGAAAGUUCUACAGUCUCACCCUCCCACUGACUUUGAAAAUCUUUCUCCAGCAUACCUCCACCUCCCCAUUGUGCCCUCACUCCAGUUGCUGGUUUCUGGCCAGGAUUGGCAUGUGAGUGGCAUUGACUGGUGCAGUGUAGACAGAGGGUAGUGAUUGGCUGCCUGCUCCCCAGGCUGAGGUGACUUCCAACUUGGCUGCUGAUACUGGAGCUGCUUUGUUUGUCACAGUUGAUUGGUUUUGAGGAGUUUUGUCACAAUAAAGGGGCCCAUUUGAUUUUGAGACUUGGCUGAAUUCUUCAUUAAAUUAUCAGGAGAUUAAAACCCAAUCUGAGGGAAAGGGGGAGACUAUUCAGCCUUUCAAUAUGCCAGCCCAUUCCAAUUGAUUAUGGUGGAUCAAUAUCUUGAGAUCAUCUUCUUCUUACUUCGGUUCCUUAUGUUAGAAACAUCUGUUAGUUGCUGACUUGAAUUAUUUCAGUUGAAAGCUCUUUUGGAAGUUUCAGCUUGGAGGUGUCUCCUGACAUCAACCCUGAAGAGCCUGGCUCCAGUUAGAAGAAUUCUGCCCCCUGUUCUGGUCCUGCCCUCCCCAUCAGAGAGAAUGGCUCCUCUCUCUCGAUCCUGUUGAAUUCUCAUGAACACCUCAACUCGAUCAGUUCUGAGCCUUGCUGUGUUCACACAGUUGCUGACCAGAGGUGGCGCUAGUUCUCCACAUUCACAAUGCAUUUCCUCAACUCAGGCUGGAUGGUGAGUGGUUGAUAAUGUGCGAUGUUCUGCCUGUCUUUCUCAUUACUUCUAGAAUUCAACUCACUCUGAGCAGCAGCUCUUACACGUGCACUUCUCUCUCUGGAACCACUCUCUCUCACUCUGUCUUUCCACCUCAUUUGUCUCUCGUUACCCCAUUUCUUUUUAUCUCUCUCUGCCCUAUCCAUCUCUCUGUCAACUUAUCUCUCCACCCCAUCUCUGUCUGUCUCUCUCCUCUCCCUCUGUAGUCCCCUGUGCCUCUCUCUCAUGAAGAAGUUCAUAAUCUACUCCCUGGCCUUCCAGUGACUCUGGUUUCUGGGCUGUUCUUGGUCCAUAGUCAGUCCCCUGUCUCUGAUACUUCACUCACCUGGACCACUGAGGGUGACCUACGACAAGACUCUCGCAGAUGUGGGCAUUGCAUUCCUGCACUUGUCCUGUGAGAACCCAUACAAUCCCAGUCAGAGAGGGUUUGGCAUCUUGGUUUAAUCUCCAAACCAACCAUACCCUCGUCAUCGUGAAGUGCCCAGUUUGAGAUUGGCUAUCAGAAUUGAGGCUGGACUGUUCAGGACUAUCUGACAGCUGGACCUGUUCCUUGCUCAGCUGUGCUGUUGUCAAACAGGAUAGAGGCCGCAAAAUCACAAACAGUAAAGAUCAGCGAGAGACAGUUAUAGGAGAGAGGAAGUGCUGGAAUAGAAAUGCAAACAAGCUCUUGUAAGGAAUGGGCAAUGGCAGGCAGCUCUGGGCUGGGGGAUGCUGUGCUGGCUCUGACAUUGCUGGCACCUGGGCAGCUUGGCACUGUGCCAUCCACACAUGGUUAACGGUUAGGCUGGUGUGCCUUAUGUGGUUGCACAGCCCCUUCUCGUGUGGGGGAGGAAGAUGGAAGGGAAGCCUCAGCUUUGCUUAGAAGCAUCUCGCAGACAUCCCUAACACAAUACAGUGCUCGACUCUCCAUUUGGGUAAUCCAAUUCUCUCAAAGCCCAUGUUGUGCGAACUCUGCAAUGCACAUUCCUGUAUCACUUAGAUGAGCAUGCCAAGAAUCAAGCAGUGGUUCUGAGCUGGUUUAUGUUAAAGUAAACGUUGGUUAAUCUACUACAAACGAGAGCCCACAGUUCAAGGCUCAUGGCUGAUCCCACCUUGAAGAACUUUCCAAAUGGUUCUGUACCAAUCAGCUAUUUCUCAAAGUUGCAGCUUUCUCUAUAGAAAGCACGUCAUUCCUGUUGAAAUUCAGUUAAUUAGUGGAAACAGCAAGAUCCCACAAACUCCAGUUCAGCAGUUAAUCUGUGUGUUUUAGUGAUGUCACUGAGGAUAAAUGUUGGAGCUAACACGAGAGACAAUUCCUGGCCUCUUGUUCAAUGCAGUGCAAUGGGAUCUUGGAGUGCUCCCUUCAGCACCGAUCCUCUGUCUCCAUCAAACAAUCCCCGGACAGGUACACAGUAAAGCUACCUGUACACUGUCAUCAUGAAACACUCCCAAGACAAGGACAGCAUGGGUUUGAUAAUGUGUAAAGCAACCUCUUUUAAAAUGAAAAUCUUUCUGUACUGUUUUAAACCAAAAGUAAAGCUUGACAUUGAUCCUGUCAAGUACUCCCAGGACAGAUACUGCACCGAGUUAGAUAUGGAGUGAUGUUUCCUUUAUAUUGUUGUAUAAACACAGGCAUAGUAAUUCAGUUAAUUUAGUCACCAUUGUUAUUCACUAUAAUUUAUUAAACAUCUAGCUUUCCUGUCUCAAAUU